GAAUCAUUUGAAAAUUUAUAACUCCCAUAGAGAGAGCGAAGAAGAAGAAGAAGAACCUCUAUCAGUCUAUCAGAAUCUGAUCCCAUCUUUCCUUGAUUCUCAAGGCCAAAAGGUACGAUUUUUCUCAUUCUCCGUUAUAGAUCGGCUUCAGAUUCUUCUUUCCUCGUCUAUUGAAUCGUUGAGUAAAGAGUUGAAAAUGGAAGGGACUGUGUUCACGCCGUGUUUGGAAGGAAUGAAGAAUGUCAAGUCUGAACAAGGGGAGAUGCUUACUAAGCCUUUUCUAGACCUCUGCAAGACCAUCUUGCCUGUUAUAGAUAAGUUUGGAGCCGCUAUGACUCUUGUGAAAGCUGACAUUGGUGGCAACAUAUCGAGGUUGGAGAAGAACUACUUGUCUGAUCCCGACAAGUACAAGUACUUGUACACCUUUGUUCAAGGUGAAAUUGAGUCUAAGACAGCAAAAGGAUCGUCUAGUUGUACCAACGGUCUUCUCUGGUUAACCAGAGCGAUGGAUUUCUUAGUGGAGCUGUUCCGCAACUUGGUAGCACAUCAAGACUGGUCAAUGUCACAAGCUUGUGGUGAAUCUUACCAAAAAACACUCAAGAAAUGGCACGGAUGGCUCGCCAGCUCUACCUUCUCUAUGGCGUUAAAGCUUGCUCCUGACAGGAAGAAGUUCAUGGAUGUCAUAUCUGGUUCUGGUGACAUCUACGCCGACAUGGAAAGGUUUUGCACUGAGUUUGGUCCAUUCCUUCAAGAAAAUCACAAGUUUCUGGCGAGCGUUGGUAUGGAUGACAUGAAAGCUUCUUGAGCAUCAUAUGAUUACCACCUGUAUCCAAAUCUGCUUUUGUCAAAAACUUUGUCUGUUUUAACUUUUCUCCUUUGGAUUCUAAAAAUCAUAAACCCAUCAAAGAAACAGAAUAAUGUGUCAAUUUCUAUCUGAAUGUUGUUCACUUUAUAAUACAAGUUUAUAACUUUUAUCUUCUCA